GCAGCCGCCGCGGCAGCUCUGGGUUUGGCGCCGCCGGCCGCCCGAGGGCUCCUCACACCACCCUCGUCCCCGCUGGAGCUGCUGGAGGCCAAGCCCAAGCGCGGCCGCCGCUCCUGGCCGAGAAAGCGCACUGCCACGCACACCUGCAGCUACGCGGGCUGCGGGAAGACCUACACCAAGAGCUCGCACCUCAAGGCGCACCUACGCACACACACAGGCGAGAAGCCUUACCACUGCAAUUGGGACGGCUGUGGCUGGAAGUUCGCACGCUCCGACGAACUCACGCGCCACUACCGCAAGCACACGGGCCACCGGCCCUUCCAGUGCCACCUGUGCGACCGUGCCUUCUCCCGCUCCGACCACCUGGCGCUGCACAUGAAGCGGCACAUGUAGCCAGGACGACCCUGCCCAUCCGUGCACGGCCGUGGCGGGUCCCACGCACCGGGCGCGGCCCCCUCCUGAACUGACUGGUAUUUAUUGGGCCCAGAGGACCGGGCCAGGCACAGCGUGGCCAAAGAUGGGACGCCCCCAGCAACGAUCAUGCCACCACUCCCGGUCCCCAUCAGAGACUGAAAGGCCCGGUGGAAGAAGACCACCAUCCUCCUUGACGAGUUUUGUUUUCAAAAUGGUGCAAUAAUUAAGUGUCGUCUUCCCCUCCACCGGGUCUACACUAGAGGAUCGAGGCUUGAUGCCUUGUGAGAAAUACAGCCUUAACCUGUACUGUCUGCGACAUUUUUUUUUAUAAUAUUGUACAUAAUGACUGUGACAGAUAUUGUAUUACUGUAAAUAAGGAGACAGGUGUGCAUUUGAGCAACCUGGUUCAUUUUUAUAAGACUUGCUGUUUUUUAAUUAAAAAGAAAGUUUUGCAUCUUUU